ACACCCAGGACUCUUGGGAUGGAUGCAGAAGCUCCAGAAUUUAUACCCAGACAGACCCGCCCUCUUGCCCUCCCCACUCCGACACAUGAUAUUUGACCCAUUUGGCAGAAGCCAGAAUUCCACCGUGGCCAGGGCAGUCUGGAUGGAUGAUGCAAUGAGGGAGGGGGUCCUUUGAGCUGGGGGCCUGGACCCCUGGGUCUGGGGGCUGAGGAAGAUGAAGACCUGAUCAACUGGGACUAGUUGAAAGGAGCCAAGGGCUAAGAUUCCUGGUUUUUGGGAAGGAGGAUCCUUGUGCUCAAACUUCUGGGUCUGAGGGAGGAGGUCUGGGAAUUGGACCCCUGUGCGAGGGAGGAGGCUUGAGGCCAGGUCCCCUGGAUCUGAAGGGUUUCUGGGUAUUGAGGGGUCUGACCCUUUCCUUAACCAUCAGGAAGCUGAGACCACGUGAAAGAAGUGUCCCUAGCAGGUGUCCUGGCUUGGAAACCUCACUCCAGGCCAUGGAUCAAUUUCACCCUCUUCAACCCCUGCUCAGUGGCCUGUCCUGAUGCAAUCCUGGUGUUUCUUUCACCAGAGCAGCUACUCUGGGCCCAGACAGGUGCUACCAAAAUAGACUGGGGGAGGGGAUGGUGAGAAUCCGACCCUGGUAACCAGGCCCUGGAGGGAGAAGUGAGAUCCAGAGGGGUUGAGUAACUUCCUGGGACCCCUAAAGUGCAGGGGCUGGAUUCCUGGGUUGGAGGGAGGAGGGCCUGGGAGUCUUCAGUUUUAAGAAAUAAUAGUCAAAUCUCUGGUGAGUCAAGUCAAACGCCUGUGUCUUUGAACAGGCUUUAUGUGUAAUGACAAGGGUCUGCGUGCUCAGAGCCAGGGCAGUGGGGCCUUGGAUCGACCUUGGACAACAGAAACAAGAAACGGGUUCUGGUGGGCAGGAGCUCAGAGCCUUUGUCCCUGGCGCCAGGUGCAGACCCUGGGUUGGAGGCCAGGGAGACGACGAGGCCUCUUUUCCCUGGAUUUUCAGUUUGCAGGAAAGGUUGCCUUCGCGGAAAACCCGUCUAGAAAGCAGCAGUUGAUCGCCAGGCCCUGAACUCCUCCAAAGGAGGAACUGGGGCGGGGGCGGGGGGUGAAUCGGAAUGGAGAGCCGUGGAAGGCUCGAGUCAGCUUCUGGCGGGAGGCCCUCCCUCCAGGGCUGGAAGGGCGGGCAGAGGCUUUGCAUUCUCUUGCGCUCCAGCGGCUGCUGGGCAAACAGGUUCUCCAUCCCUUAGGGAGGGCGCGGCAGGGCCGGAGGAUGUCCCACCCGACGGGACCAGGUGUGCGGGCCCUGCACAGCGGCUGGGGCGUGGCCGCGCUCGGUGCUCGCCGCGCUGGAAGCAGACCGUAAGCCCCGGCACGGCUGGGAGCUGGCCGGACUGGAACUCCCUCCCGGGUCCCGCUUAGAGGCAGGGGUCCAGUUCACGCAAGAUGCGGCUGUUGCCCGGGCUCCGGCAGAAAGCCGCGAGCCAGGGGCUGGGGCGCGGCGCUCACCUCGCCUGGUAAGAGGAGGGGCCCGGGCACCUCCCGAGCCCGCAGCGCCCAGGACCCGCGCCAGGUAAGGGGCGGGGCUCCUCCCGCCUGCUACCUGCCCGGCUCCGGAGGGAGGGCGGAGGCUUCGAGCCUUAGAAACUCGCUCCUCUCCUCUCUCCCCACCCCAGCCUCGCGGCCUGUCCCGGGAGGCGGCUUGGAGGGGAGGGUCGCGGGGAGGUGGAAUGAGGGCUGCAUUUUUUGGACUGCGCGCUGCGGCCACGCGGAGCCAUCGGUAGACCGGCCACUGCGAGGACCUCAGGGUCUCCCUAAGUUGCUGAGGCUGGCCUGGUAAUUGGCAUCCUCCUGCUUCAGCCUCCCAAGCCACCAGCACAGGAAUUACAGAUGUGCACCGCUGAGCCCACCAUCCCCCCUGGAGAUUCCAAGCUUCUCAUCACUCCAACCUAGGAUCAGCGCCCAGCCACUUCCUAAGACCCAGAAGCCCACAUUUUUAGCUUCCUCCUUGUCUGGGACCAGGAGUCCCUCACGCCAGGCCUCUCCUCCCUGACAUUCCUGGAAUUCACCUAAAUUCACCUUUCCUCCUCUGCAGCCAUGUGGGCCCCCAGCCGCCACCAGCUCUGCCUGGCCUUCCUGCUUGUCUGUGUCCUUUCAGCAAUAACCUUUCUCCACUUCCACCAAGACCUCUUUCAAUAUGGCCUCCGCCUGUCUGUCCUUUGUCCAGACAGCCAUGUGCUGAGAGCCCCAGUGGCCAUCAUCUGCCUGGCUGAUAAACAGCUCACCCAAAACACCUCCUCCUCUUGUCUUCAGAAUGCUGACCCUGUCUCAGGAACCUGGACUAUCCACCCAGAUGGCCGGUUGGGUAACCAGAUGGGGCAGUAUGCGACACUGCUUGCCCUGGCCCAGCUCAAUGGCCACCGUGCCUUCAUCUUGCCAGCCAUGCAUGCCACCCUGGCCCCAGUGUUCCGCAUCACGCUACCUGUGCUGACAUCCGAGGUAGACAGUCGGACACCCUGGCGGAAGUUGCAGCUGCAUGACUGGAUGUCAGAGGAGUAUUUCUGCUUGAAGGAUCCAUUUCUGAAGCUGUCUGGUUUUCCCUGCUCUUGGACAUUUUUCCAUCACCUUCGGGAACAAAUCCGCAGGGAAUUCACCGUUCAUGACCAUCUUCGUGAUGAGGCCCAGCACUUGCUGAGUCAGUUUCGCCUGGGCCACACUGGGGCCCGGCCUCGAACCUUUGUGGGUGUCCAUGUGCGCCGUGGGGACUAUCUGCAGGUGAUGCCCCAGCGCUGGAAGGGUGUGGUGGGUGACCGUGUCUAUCUCCAGCAGGCUAUGGACUGGUUCCGGGCCCGGCAUGAAGCCCCCAUCUUUGUGGUCACCAGCAAUGGCAUGAAGUGGUGCUGGGAAAAUAUUGACAUCUCUCGGGGUGAUGUGGUCUUUGCUGGUGAUGGGCAGGAGGGCUCACCAGGGAAGGACUUUGCCCUGCUCACUCAGUGCAACCACACUAUCAUGACCAUUGGCACCUUUGGCUUCUGGGCUGCCUACCUGGCUGGUGGAGACACUGUCUACCUUGCCAACUUCACCCUGCCAGACUCAGAGUUCCUGAAGGUCUUCAAGCCUGAGGCUGCCUUCCUGCCUGAGUGGGUGGGCAUUAAUGCAGACUUGUCUCCAGUGCAGACAGGGGCUGGGCCUUGGAAGCCAGGGAGACUUUUGGGACUGGUCUCAUCAGGCUAGAGUCAGACAGACAUGUCUCCAGAGGCCUGGCAGCUUCUGGAGAAAUCAGGGGUGGUCCCAGAGCAGGUGGUGCCCAUGGCCAGAGAGAUUCUAGUUGGCCAGAGGUGGAAAGAAGUAGGGUCUUCCUGGAGCUGCCUGAACACCUACAACCAGCAGAACAUCUUUUCUGAUGGCUGGCAAUGCCCAGUGAAGCUCAUGGUGGCUCCAGAAGCCACAGUGCCCACCUGAUCAUCAUUUCCAUAGUAUUUCUGCAUGGCUGCCCCUGAGAACAGGGAAUCCUGCCUUCUAGAGUCCACUCUGCUGGUCUUUUCUAGCAGAGGUGUUACUUCUGCCCUGGGUGUUCAAAACAGUGAAGGAACAAACUCAUGGUUGAUCUAGAGCAAGCCCUUGUUAACUCUCCUUCAGAGUUUCUGGAGUGAUUCAGAAGGGAGUUUUCCUAGGGAGGGCCAGGUUUAAUGCUUUUGAAGAACAAUGUGGGGACUGGGGUACAGGUUCCAGAAUUCUACAUAAGUAUGGCAAAGAAUAUGAUGAAGGAACUACCAGAAACUCAACACCCCGCCACUGCCAGAAAGAUCAAGACCUGGGAGACUGCCUCUAGUGAGCCAGUGUCUUCUUGUGUGUGUACUGAGGAUUGAACCCAGUUGAACCAAGGUGUGGCCCAUGCUGGGGCCGUGGUGACCAGACCAAAGUCUGUCCAAACCAUUGGCCCCUGAGGAAAGUCUCAAAGGAUUAUUUUUUUCAUCCUUUUUUUUUUUUUUUCUUAGAGUAGAUAUGGGAGAGUGGAGAGGAAUAGCCAUUGGGGAGGUGAGGCAACUUCUGCAGCAGAACUUUCUAGCAAUCCAGGAAGACUUCUAAUUUGGAAGGUCAAAACUUCCAAACACAAGAUCUGGAUCUAUUAUCUCUGGGAUUAGGUCAAGGAAGUGUCUUCUUCUUUAGCUGGGUUCUGAGUAUCUGGGAUUUGAUAUUUGAAAUCCAACAAGUCUGCAGAAAGCCAGGGGAUACUGUGUUCUUUGUUAACCCUGUCUGUCCCUGAAAUCACAGAAGCACUAAAUUACUUUUUUGUUUGUUUUUUGUUUUUGAUACCAGGGAUUGAACUCAGAGGGCCAUAUCUCAGCCCUUUUUUUUUUUUUUUUUUUUUUUUUUACAUUUAUUUAGACACAGGAUCUCACUGAGUUGUUUAGGACCUCAAUAAGUUGCUGAGGCCUGCUUUGAACUUGCAAUCCUCCUGCCUCAAACUCCUGAGCUGCUGUGUCCAUGCCCGACUAAAUCUGUCUUUGUAGGUCUAGCAUGAAAAGAACUGGAGAUAAGUAGACCCCAGUCCCAAGUCAAACCCAAGCAAGAGCCAGAGAGUAUAAGACUUUUGACCCAUUUCAGGAGCCCUUGCUGCUUUUUGGGUGAUGAAAGUGGUUCCUCAUAUACACCCAUAUCUUUUCAUCCCGCUCCAAGAAUCCCAGCCUCUGGUCUUCUUAGGGCUUCAGGGUACCAUUCCCAGCAUAGCUGCCACAAGGAGAGUGGGAGGUAUGAAUUAAAAGUUCACAUUCACAGC